AAACAUGACGGGGAUUGCCAAGGCAGCGUUUGCUGUAAUCUCCUUGUUGGCUCUUGGGCUAACAAAUGUCCGCGGUGAAACGAACCACAAACAGGAGCGCGAUGUUGUGGAUGCUUUCGAGAUUUUUCGAACCAUUCCGUACGCUGUUGCCGUUUACGACGUAGACAAUGACGGAGACCUCGAUUGCCUAACGACAGUUCGAACUGAUUUCAGCGAAGAACCCCUGAGUGCAACCUAUGUUUUUCUUCUGAGAGGUCUUGGAGGGCAUGAAUCACGGAACAUUACAUAUCACAUCAAGCCUGGACCGACACCUGACAGAGUACCCUACACUAUGGACGAUGAUAAUGAUUUCGUGCAAGAAGGCCAUUUUAUUUACACUGACUACAAGAGCUGCACCGUCAUGGAGUUUCUCUUCGAGGGUAAGCAAGAGUGUUUAUUGUGGACUACGAAGGACAGUCUGCACAAUGUGCCGGAACACUGUAUGGACGAGUACAAUGACAUCUGUGGCGAUGCUGUGAAGAUCUACGACGAAGAAAGCUGUGCCGCAUUUGUUCAGUAGAAACAUCACUUCUUAUGGAACUGUCAUCAACUCUGACACAUUGUCAUCGAAAUCCACGAAAGAG